ACACCCCGCAACCGCGAGCAGAAAUCCCUAACCUGUCCCGACCCAACACGCCGCCGCCGCCGCCGCCGCGCCGUCGCCAAGGAACCCGCCGCCGUGUUGAUGGCAUCGGCGGAGGAGCAAGUCUUCCUUGGAUCGAGGAACCUGUCGUAUCACAGCGCCCACUACCCCGACGCUAGCGCCGAUUGGGAUUACCCGGAAGACCCAGGCGACCGGCGGAACGGGGUGGAGGUUGCCGAACUCCAUGACCAGCCGGCGCGCAUGAGCACCCCAGAUUCAGAUCCAUGUGAAGUCGCCAGGCGUGCCUUGGACCUCAUGUUCCCGCGGGAGGAGGACAGCGAUGACGUCUGGAGCACCUGGAGCGCGCGAGAGGAGGGCAGUGAUGACGAUGAUGAACAAGGAGGGGAAGAAGGCGAUGGUAGCACACAGGAGAGCAGCGAUUAUGAAGACGACGGCGGCAAUUGCCAAGUGAUACUAGCCGAGACAAACUGUCCAGGAAAGCUCUACCCCAAGAGCCAAGCAGAUGACAUAGAUGACAAAUGGGUACAUAGGUACUCCCAACAGCUUAAAGAACACGAGAAGCUGUGCAGCGAGAUUAUGGCUCUGGGAGUUUAUGAUGAUGAUUAUGAGUAUGAUUAUGAUGAUGAUGAUGCUCCUCCUUGCCCCGUCUAUCCCAUGAGAGUGUUCCCUGACGCAACAGGUGCCUGCGUCCUUGGGCUCAACUGCCACCAUCGUGUCUACAGGACCCAUGACACUUCUACCACCCCAUCAACUCUUGGAAAGCGCACACCAAGUUAUAUGCUACAAUUAUUCUGCAUGCGUCUAUCAAGCUUUGAACCCUUGUAUCCCAUUAGUGUGUAUGGAAUAUUUGCCAUUCGGGAUUACUUGGACCCGCGACGGAACUACGUCUUUAACCGUCCCAGGGAUGACGCUGUCACGAUUGAAAAGAAGGGUUCCUUUGUCAUACCACUUUGUAGCCCUUGUCGAGGAAUGUAUUUGUUGGAUAAGGCUUUAGUAGAAGUUGAUCUUUGGGUAAAGAAAGAAGGGGAUGAAUCAGAUGACAAGCAACUACUUUCUGCAUAUGCUGAGAUUGAUGUACGGACUGAAGCUGAUCUCAUGCUUUAUGAACGGAUUUCUGGUGAUAAUUGCAAUUUGGACUUGAAAUAUAUAGUCCUUUCAGAAAGUGUUGAGGCUGUAAUACAAGUAUAUGCAAAGGUCAGCCAUCCUCACCAUGUGUUGUUCACUGCUUUUAGCACCGAAUAUGAUAACUAUCCUCUUCGUGGGGUUGUGCUGUUUGAUGACAAAUUAUUUGGUGAGGAAAAACUAUUCAAGCAUGUUGUCGCGGUGAAAGCAAAUGAAGAACUGCAUGUUUUUUUAGAAGUGAACGGUUCAGUGUUCAAGUGGACUUUUCAAGAUGAACAUGUUGGACCUGUUGUUUCUCCUGAUGACUCAAUCUUGGACUAUGGCCAGUUCUUCGUGAGGGUGUUGUUUGCUCCAAAGGAUUGUGAGUGAAGCUCAGCUCCAACAUUCUGACAGUGUCGCCAUUGGCUGAAAGCCUGAAGCUCGUGAAAAAAAGUGCUGUUGCUUUUCCUGGUCUUGUAAUUGCGUAACAGUUGAAUUUAUCUUUUCAAGUCCUCUUAGGCAGACAUUAGAAGUAUUAUAUUUUUAUAGCCUUAAACUCGUGAAAACAAGAGAGACCGUUGACUUUUAUGUGGCCCAUCUUUGUAAUAUGACUGCUGGAAACCUGAACAUGUUCAAGUCCAUUUCCUCUGUUA